GUUUAUUAUCCAUGAUUCUCAUCUCGGUUUUUCUAUCAAACGCGACGCCGUAUUUACAAUUAAUAUUUUCCGUACGUGUACAACGUGAAGAACAUUGCUGAACCUUCUACCUUUGAACGAGUCGACUCAUCCAGACCCUCCUAGUGACAAGUAGCCAAUGGAUGCACUCGGAACAAAAAUAACCCACUCAACUCAUAUCUUUUCUUCCACCGUUGUCCACCAUUUUCCACGCUCAACUUCCGAUUCUCGUACGUUUCGUGAACUUUUACGGCUACAGUAUGUCUUCAACGGCCUUAAAACGAAUCCUUGUUCUUCACGGUUAUGCGCAAAAUGGAUACAUUUUCAGCAAGAGAUUAUCGGCUUUGCGGAAACAGUGCAAGAGUACUGUGGAAUUCGUGUUUGUUGAUGCUCCCCAUGUUUUACAGCCUGAAGAUUUAUUCGAUAAUGAGCCAUCGGAGCCCGAAGCAAAUGCAGAUCCGUUAAAGGAUCCGAAUGCUGUAUUGCGGGGAUGGUGGAAAUUCGCCGACAAAGAUAAAACAAUUUCCACUGGAAUGGAGACCUCUCUGGUCUUUUUGAGAGAUUUGUUGAAAGAAAAUGUGGAUGAUGGAAAGGUGUUCGAUGGCGUUUUCGGGUUCAGUCAAGGUGCAGCUAUGGGAGCGGUUCUUACAACCUUGCUUGAAGACCCAUCCAAGUUUUCCGAAUUUCUCAUCGAUGGCAAAGCUCCUCACCCACAACUAUCUCUAUGCGUCUGUGCAGCAGGAUUCCUACCCACUUUCCCGUUCUCAACCUCAAUCCUAUCUCCUACUUCAAGCUUUUCAACACCAACACUCCACAUAUGUGGUUUGACUGACCCUAUUAUACCGUUUGCUAGAGCAAAGCUUUUGACAGAUGUAACACCGAACGGGAGAAUCGAAACGCAUGACGGCGGACAUUUUGUGCCCUCAAAAAAUCCAUGGCGAAAAUUCAUCGCAGCGUGGCUCAAGGAUCCAUUGAAUAAUGAGAUUCCAUCACCUGAAGCACCUUCCAAUGCAGAUACUGCCCUAGAUCCAAAUUGCUCAACCGCUGAGAUUUCCACUAAUCCCUAACUCAGCUCCCGAAUAAGUCAAUGGGAAACGAAGCUCAAACUCAUAAUAGAAUUUCUACACAUAGACUCCCAGUCCAUAGAUUCCCUACUCAUCAUAGAUCGUCAAAUGGUCAACUAUGGGAUUUCGUGCGCUUGACGAUCGAAAUGGAACAGAGAAACAGAAUCUCUUCAACAAAGUUCAUACUGGGUGUGGGAGUUCGCUUCAAGACGGCUAGUGAUGUAGCAAUAUCUAGUUCAAGGCGUGUCACCACUGCGACCCAAUGCGAUGAGGGCAAAAACCUGAGCUGAGCUUAGAUUGCCGUUCCUUGAGUUUACGAAACAAGAUCAUCUGCAUUCCCUUGGAUUCAUCCUCCCUUGAUCUCUUCAGGUCUUGCUGUUGACAUCU